AUGGUCGACGCCGAGCCGGCGGAUUCCGCCGAGGCCCUCCGCCAGCGGCGGCCCAACUCGCCCAUCCUCACGAGCCCCCGCCCGCUCCUCCCCGUCAGCGGGCCGACGCCGGAGGCCAUCGCGGCGAACUACGGGGACUACGUGGACGUCUGCCGGGGCCGGCUGGAGGCCUGCCGGCGCUUCUGCUUUCUGCUGAACUGGAUUGGGCAGGAGAAGUACAUCGGGGAUAUCGAGCCCCAGCUCGAGCCGCGCAAGGGCAUCCUGCAGGAGGCGGAGAUCCUGCCCCCGCCCCCGGAGCCGCGGACGGAGCAGGAGCGCUUCGCCCUGGUGGGGCGGCAGCACACCGACCGCAAUCAGCGGCUGAGCCGGCUGACGUUGAUCUGGGGGCGCGACUACCUUCGCUUUGUCGAUCAGUGUUAUUUUGACGACGGCAGCAUCGUCACGAUUCACCGGCGCAUGUUAACCCUGCCGGAGCUCUGGACGCGUCUGCGGCGCUUUCCGAUCUCGCUGUGCAAAUCCCAGACCUCGGGAUUGUUGGGGGCGAACCCCGCCUCACAGGUCGAGAAGGUCUCCCCAGGGCUGAAAGCGACCACGAUUGGCCUUCUUCACGCCGACUAUCACCACCUGUACUCGAGUACGCCAACGCAGCUCCAGCAGGUCGAGAGGGUGCGGAAUGCGUUGCGCGAUUUCUACGGCGUCAGCACGGGUCGAGUGUCGGCGGUCAAUCGAGCCUGGCCGCUGCUGGAUUAUUCGUUUAUUGUCUUGCGCAAUGUGGAGCAGCUGCUUUAUGUGGAGCCGGUCAGCGGUCGUCCACACGUCUGCCGCCCUUUGAGACCCACGGGCGACCCCGACCUCGCUCAGGGCGUUUUUCUCAACGCGGAUAAUGACCCAACCCACCCCAUGGUGCCCUCCCGAACCCUCAUCAAGGCAAAGAAUAAGAGGGGCGAUGAGGAGGCCUAUGAGUUCGACUUCCACGACAACCGCCUCAACGGCUUUAUUGGCCACGCUGCGAACCUCUCCAACGGCCCUCUCAAGAGCUCUUCCAUCGCCCGACUCAGCGUCGCGAACGAAUCCUACGCGAGCCUCAACGCCAACAGCUCCGGGAUGGGGCGAAAGUCGCUUUCGCAGUCCCAUGGGGCCUCCAAACAGCAGAAGUACGACGCCAACAGCGUCCGCAUCUCGAGCUGCCAGCUGGGCGAGGGCGUGGAUCAGUUUCUCAUCCCCGUCCUUCGCGUCCUCGUCGCGAACGCGCUGCUGAUGAUUCACUCGCUGGACCUGAGUUGCAAUCACAUCAGCGACCUCCCGGACUUCUCCCCGCUGCCUUUACAGCGGCUUUACCUCCACGGCAACCACAUCGCGGAUUGGGCGCAGGUGGAGACGCGGGUCUGCCCGCUCCCGCUGCUGACGAGCCUCACGCUCCACGGCAACCCCAUCGCCGACCACGACCCCGGCUAUUGGCGGGAGCUGCUCGGCCGGUUGUUAAACCAUCCGAACCGCGCGGUUCGGCUUCGCCAGCUGGACUUCGUCACCUUGUCCGUGCAGGAUUACAACCUGGCGGGGCUGCAUAUGCACGUCGAUUGA